ACGACUGAAGAACGACGUUCUCGCGCACAUGCGCAUUAGAAGUGGGCGGAGUUUUCCAGUUGGUCAGGAAGAGGAGAAAGGCGGACACAGAACAUCAAGCGAUGGCAGCCAUCAGGAAGAAGUUGGUGAUUGUUGGGGAUGGUGCAUGUGGGAAGACCUGUCUGCUCAUCGUCUUCAGUAAGGACCAGUUCCCAGAGGUCUACGUCCCCACUGUGUUUGAGAACUAUGUGGCAGACAUUGAGGUGGAUGGGAAACAGGUAGAGCUAGCACUUUGGGAUACAGCAGGUCAGGAAGACUAUGACCGACUGAGGCCUCUCUCCUACCCCGACACUGAUGUUAUUCUCAUGUGCUUCUCUGUAGACAGCCCUGACAGUUUAGAGAAUAUUCCAGAAAAGUGGACCCCUGAAGUGAAACACUUCUGUCCAAAUGUUCCCAUUAUCCUGGUUGGCAAUAAAAAAGAUCUGCGCAAUGAUGAGCACACCAGACGAGAGCUUGCCAAAAUGAAACAGGAGCCAGUUAAAUACGAAGAUGGCAAAGAGAUGGCGAACCGCAUCAGUGCCUACGGCUACCAAGAGUGUUCUGCCAAAUCCAAAGAUGGUGUAAGGGAAGUCUUUGAGAUGGCAACUAGGGCAGCACUGCAGGCCAAGAAACGUGGCAAGAAGUCCACCUGCCUUCUGUUGUAGGCUCUGGGAGAAGAGGGAGCUGCCUUCAAGCACAGAUGGAAAGGGCAGUUUCCAAUGAGAUUUGACAGGGAGAAAAGUGGGGAGGGGCCAAAAACGUUUUGCUGAUGCUCAAUUUCUUAUCAACCAUUUGUCCUCAACAAAUUAAAGCAGGUCUUAAAUUAUUUGAUAGGCUUCUACACGUGGUCCUUGGUCUAUAUAUUGGAUUAUGUGCCAUUUUGCUCUCUGCUAUCAACAACUUUCAGAUCUAAAAGCAUAUGGUGAGGGGUGAUUUUGAAGUUGAGUAGAUGUAAACAAGAUUGAAAUGUGCCAUGAUGGGAAUUAAGAGAGAAAGGGUCCUUACCAGAUAUAAAUAUGGAAUUGGUUUGAUUUACGACCAUGUCGAAGUGGAUUUUACACAGUAUCGCCUACAUGUAGUGCCUUGAGAGCAGCGGUCAAGAAGAGUAAGUUGUGGGUUAGGGAUUCAUAACUAAGAUGGGGUAUUAUUUUGUCAUUUGUUGUGUCCACACAUCACAUUUGUGAAUGCUUUCCCCCCUGUCAUUGGCUUUGCUCCUUCAGGCCCAUAUUCUGACUCAGGCGCUAUGCAGGGGUAUGCCUCAACUAGAUUGUAUGAGAUAUUUUCCCAUACUGAAUUACUUACCUGUACUUUAAAGAGAGAGAGAGAGAGAGAGUGUGUGUGUGUGCCUGUGUGUGUGUGUGUGCAACUGUAUGGUGGUUUGCUUUCUCCAGUUCAGGUCUGCAUGUGGUAAAUGUGUCUAUAUUUUGUGUGGGUGUGUAUUAACAUGUGUCUAUGUACUGUAUGCAUGGAAAGGUCUUCUGCAUUACUGACCGAAACCCUUGUUUCCAUGCCAAAGUUACCCCUGAUGGCCACAUUUUAUGGCUCAGAUGGGUAAUGGAAUUAAUAGCUACUCAGAGUGACAUAGAAACGUUCACUUUACUGGAAGGCAUUGUACUAUAUCUAGAGGCACAAUCAGGUUAAACAUAUGAGUUUUUAGGACCGUCUUUGUGUGUACCAGAGAUUCAUUUGAUUGUGUUAAUCAGUGGGUCAAAUCAUGAGUGGUGUAGUUGAUGAGUUGAAUAUUCUUACAGAUAGAUGAUAGGCUUAUCUUAUUACUAUAAUGUCUACCAUGUACUGUAUGUCUCACGGCUUUGUAAGGACAUAUUAAUGUGUAUUUCAAAUUGGCCUUUUACUCAACUCUUCCCAUCCCUUCUUUAAUGAUAUUGUCAUUAUUGUACUAUAACUUUUUAUCGUUGUCUCUAAUUUUCUUAGUAUAUUUUAAUCAGUUUACUUAAUCCUGCUGUUAUGAUCAUCUUAUGGCAGUUAAAUGAUACAUUGUAACCGUCUUAUUGUUUUUUUAGUUAAUUGAAGUUAAAGCUUGGGGUGCAAGGCUAAAAGGGUUUGGAGAUGGGCCUUUUUUCCUUCUUUUUUGUAUUGUGACAUAUUAAGGUUUUUGUUUAUGGAUUUAUUUCCCCCAAAUAAAGCAGAUAUUAAGGUUU